AUGGAGAUUCACGUCUUAUUGUUUCAGAUACCAGGUCGAUGCGCUCAUAGGCACGGUCACGAUAUAUCCACUGAAACUCCCGAACUCUUGGAAGUACGACAUGACAACACAACGCAUCAUGGAAAGGAACGCGGUGGUUGGUCACAAUGGAGCGAAUGGUCGCUUUGCUCCCGCACUUGUGACGGUGGUGUAUCAAGACAGCUACGUACAUGCUCCUCACCGGCUGGAUGUCGCGGCGAGCCGGUCCGAUAUAAGAUAUGUAAUAUGCAGCCCUGCCGAGGUAACAUCACACUGUUAGAAGACGAUGUGUGGAGAGAACAACAAUGCAGCGCUCACGACAGCACUCCAUACGGAGGGGAGCUUUUCCACUGGACAUCACAUCGCGACGAUGCUGAACCUUGCGCCUUAACCUGCAGGGGCACGCCACAGCACUCUGGUCAAAGACCAGAACCGACGGUGUCCUUGGACGACGAUGAUCGGGUGGUGGUAGCGGUGCUUGCUGCGCGGGUGUCGGACGGAACACGGUGUCGACCUGGCAGUUUGGACAUGUGCAUUGACGGUCGAUGCCAGUUCAUUACACUUGAGAGUUCUGAAACUGAUUUUGUAAAACCUUACAGCAACCAUUUUGAAUUUCUAUAUUCAAAAGAUCCUGACCGCCUUUCUCAAGUGCCUCUUUGUUUAUAA